AAUGGAAUUUGAAGUUUAAGAUAAUUAAGCAAAUAACUCUAUAUAAGGAGUUAUAAAUCUUUAGCCUUAAGUGAAUUAAGUCUAAGCAUAGCAAUAGGAAAUCCCAAUUAAAUAAACUGACCUACAGGUAUCAAGUACACUAGAAGAAAGUGUAGCAGUCACAUUGGUACAUAUCAAUUUAAAAAAUAGCUUCGAGAUUUGAGAUAGAUAGGAGUAAAAUUAAGAUGCGUUUUGGUACCGACAAUGUCAUCUAAUAAUGCCAAAGAACUAAGAAAUUGUAAUUGAAUUAUAUUUGAUAUUGUAGGGGAUUUAUGGGGACCAUUAGUAUUUUGUUUGAUGUUAGCAUUGUAUAUUUUAGUUUGAAGUUUAGAACUUUAAGUAUGAGUGGUAAUAAUGAUGAUGGUCCAGGAAUAUUUGCUACAAUAUUUGUACUUAUUUGGGUUGGAUCCUUUGUAGUUACUUUAAAUGCUUAAUUAUUAGGUGGAAAAGUGUAAAUAUAGAAAUAAAAUUUAAGAUCAUUUUUCCAAUCAGUUUGUGUAUUGGGAUAUUGUGUAUUUCCAAUAAAUUUAGGAGCAUUAUUUACUCUUUUCUUUUCCUUCUUUUAUUUGAAGAUGUUUUUGGUUAUUGGUUGUUUUCUAUGGUCAACCUACUGUAUUAUAAUUAUAAUAUAUUUUUAUAGCUGCAGUUGGAUUUAUGAAAUUAUUAAUUCCAGAAUAGAAAAGAAUAUUAGCACUUUAUCCAGUGAUUCUAUUUUAUUUGUUCUUAAGUUGGUUUGCUCUGAUAGUUUGAA